UUGACACGGUGCGAGGGUUGUCGGCUUCAAAGGUGGUGAUUUAUAACUUAUGUCAACUUUUCGUUUUAUGUGGCGGAUAGUUCUUACUGAUCAGCAUCGGCUUAGUGAUGUUGACUAAUGGCUUUUGCAGUCGCACAAUGGGUGCUUUUAUUGGCUUACGGCAAUUCGGGAAAUACAGAUCUGUUCCAAAACAUUCUAUUAUUUACUCUAUUUCCGGAAAAUUUUUGUCAACAACUGUAGGUGAUACAGGGUGUUUUAUCGAAAAGCGGCAGAAUCAAUGAAGUGAAAAAUUAAUUGUAUAUAUUUACCAGCAUUAUGCCAGGCAAAAGGAAUAAAGCCCAAAAGUCCAAAACAAGUCAGGUGAAAAGACCACGUCGUGCACAGAACGGAACUGGAGAGUCCACUAUCAAUGAUGCUGUGGCUGUCGAUACAAGCACUCAACCCCUUGAUGUUCCUCCAGAAACCUUGGCUGCAUUAACCCAAACCAUAACAAAGGCAGUCACGGAGAAGGUGUUAGCAGAGAUAAAACCAUUACUGCAACAUCAGGGGAGUAUCUCUGUUCAUAAUAUGGGGGGAGAAAGGGGAAAUAAUGCUUCCACUACAUCAAGCAAUAGCUUAACAGCAGGUUCUUCUGGGUCAGUUUGUCAAAUAACAAAUAAGUCAGUGGAUGCAAGUAUCUCAGGAUUGGUAUCAGGCGCUGUAAUCGAACACAGUUCACAGAUUGUAGGUACUGAACUUCCACCUGCAGCAAAUGUCGGUAAGAAAUCAGGUUUUGUAAGCUCAUCAGUACCGAUAGAGGCAACUGUUUCUGACAAAAUAAAAUCUAAAAUUUGGUCAAAACAAUAUGUUGAUAUGGCUCUGUUGUUAAAAAAGGAAAAGGGGAAAAGUAAGUAUUCCAUCAAGGUAGAGGAACAGGAUCAGACAGGUAAGGUGGUAAUCCACAAUAUGCGAUCCACAGAUGAUGACGAAAUUAGGGAUGGUUCGUUAUCCCUGCAUGACUGGGUAACUGCGUGGAAUGGGUAUGUGACAAUAUAUUGCAUUAAAGAUACACUUGCACAGCCAAAGCUUGCAAAACACAUGGAAUCAGUAAGGCAAAUUGCAGAGGAAAAGGGGGACUGGAGAAAAUAUGAUAAGGAGUUCAGGGAACUCAUAGAACAAGGUGAGGUAGAAUGGGGUGAUGUCCAUAUGGAGAUAUAUGUUAAUGCUCGCCUCAAACAAUCAGAAAAGAAGUCAAGCAAAAUAACACCAGACCGUUCGUCAUUUGGUACGUAUGAGGAAGUCCCUCAGGGGUCAUGCUUUGCCUAUCACAAAGCUGGAAGGUAUUGUAGGCUUGGUUCAUCAUGCAAAUUCCAGCACAGAUAUUAUAACUGUGGUGGCUUCCAUCCAAUCUACAUAUGUAAAAAACCAAUUCAACGGCCAUUUCGUUUCUUGGACAAAUCCAGAACCCAAAAACCAUUUCAAGGAAAUGGCACAUCAACCAACACAGGUAAUGCUAAAUUCUCAAAGCCAACCUAUCCCACAAAAGGGUCCAACUCCAGUAAAUCCCAGUAGAUUAGAGUACUGGUUGGUGGGGUAUGACAAGGUAGAAACAGAAUUUUUAGUUAAUGGUUUUCGAUAUGGGUUCUACAUUGGUUACACAGGGGAAAGUAGAAAUACUCUUUCAAAAAAUUUAAAAUCGGCACUGGACUUACCAGAAGUUAUUAGCAAAAAGUUAGAAAAGGAGAUAAAUUUGGGUAGAAUUAUGGGUCCUUUCAAAGAGAAACCACUGCCAAUUUUAAAUUGUUCCCCUUUAGGUCUAGUUAGUAAGAAAACAGAGGGUGAGUACCGUAUGAUCCAUCAUUUGUCAUAUCCGGAAGGUGAGUCUGUCAAUGAUGGCAUACCCGAGGAAGAGUCAUUUGUUCAGUACUCUUCUGUAGAGGAUGCUAUUCAAAACAUUAAGCAGUGUGGGAAAGGAUCAUAUUGUUGCAAAACAGAUAUUUCUAAUGCAUUUCGAAUUAUCAACUUACAUGCAUCACAGUUUGAAUACUUUGGUUUCACUUGGCAAGGUCAUUGGUAUUUUGACACAUGUCUUCAGAUGGGUUGCAGUUCUUCCUGUCGUAUAUUUGAAAGGUUUAGUACAGCACUUCAGUGGAUUGCACAAGAAAAAUUAGGAAUUAAAUUUAUGACUCAUGUAUUAGAUGAUUUUCUAAUUGUUGACAAAUCUGCGACAGAGUGCCACAAAAAACUUGUGGCAUUUUUAACAGUUUGCGCCGACAUAGGUGUACCUAUGGCUAAGGAUAAGACAUUUGGUCCUAACAAGGUAAUGACUUUUCUGGGAUAUGAAUUAGACACCGAGAUGAUGGAGGCAAGGUUACCUAUUUAUAAAGUUAAAAAAUGUAGAGAUACAAUUGAACAGCUUUUACCAAGCAGAAAGAUUACUUUGAAGGACAUGCAGUCAGUGAUUGGUCUUCUUAAUUUUGCGUGUAAUGUAGUCUUGCCAGGUAGAGCGUUCUUAAGGCGACUUAUCAACACUACUAUUGGCAUUACAAAAGCAUAUUAUCGCAUUAGACUAAACAAAGAAGUAAAAGCAGAUUUAUGUACUUGGUUAGCCUUCUUGGAAAAAUUUAAUGGUAGGUCGGUUUUCUUACCAGAUAGGUGGGUUGAUUCCAAUGAAUUAAAACUGUAUACAGACGCUUCAGGAUCUAUAGGAUACGGGGCAGUGUUAGGUGGGCACUGGUUCUAUGGGACUUGGAAUGAUAAUUGGAAAAAAUGUAAUAUUACUCUCUUGGAAUUUUACCCAAUAGUGUUAGCUCUUAAAGUUUGGAGUCAUAUUUUUAAAAA